AUGGACGCGCGCGCCCUCCUCCAAUCGCAGGGAUGGCGCGGAAGCGGCCACUCCCUCCACGCGACAGACGACCGCAUCGGCCUCGCGAAGCCGCUCCUCCUGAACCGCAAAGACAAUACCAAAGGUCUGGGCACGAAAGCGCACUUUACGAGCGACACGUGGUGGAUGAACGCCUUUGACGAGCAGCUGCAGGGGCUGGACACAUCGAAACCGGGACAGGUGACGCAGACGGUGACGGCGGGCCGGCUGAACCAGAUUGAGAAAGUGUCGGGGGGCAAGUGGAUGCUGUAUGCGAGUUUUGUCAAGGGCGGGUUCUUGGAGGGGACGAUUGAGGGGUUGGAGAGGAUGAAGCAGGAGGGGGAGGUGGAGGAGAGGGUGAGGGAGGUCACUGGGGCUGUGGCGCCUCAGAGUUUCAGUACGAGUAUUGCGAACAUGACGACGACGACGACAAAGGUGAACGGGAAGAGGAAAGAGGGAGAGACAAAGGAGGAGAGGAGGGCGAGGAAGGCUGCCAAGGCGGCGAGGAAGACGGCGAGGGAAGCGAGGAGGGUUGAUCGGGCUGCGAAGAAGGUGUUGAAGGAGGAGAAGAGGGCGCGGAGAAAGGUAAAGGAGGCGAAGAGGGAAGCGAGGAAAGCGGAGAAGGCGAAGAAGGUGGUGUCUGGUUGA